AUGGCCUUCAUGCUCUCUCUACUGAUGGCCCUGGUGCUGGUCAGCUAUGGCCCGGGAGGAUCCCUGGGCUGUGACCUGUCUCAGAACCAUGUGCUGGUUGGCAGGAAGAACCUCAGGCUCCUGGGCCAAAUGAGGAGACUGUCCCCUCGCUUCUGUCUGCAGGACAGAAAAGACUUCGCUUUCCCCCAGGAGAUGGUGGAGGGCGGCCAGCUCCAGGAGGCCCAGGCCAUCUCUGUGCUCCACGAGAUGCUCCAGCAGACCUUCAACCUCUUCCACACAGAGCAUUCCUCUGCUGCCUGGGACACCACCCUCCUGGAGCAGCUCCGCACUGGACUCCAUCAGCAGCUGGAUGACCUGGACGCCUGCCUGGGGCAGGUGAUGGGAGAGGAAGACUCUGCCCUGGGAAGGACGGGCCCCACACUGGCCGUGAAGAGAUACUUCCAUGGAAUCCAUGUCUACCUGAAAGAGAAGGAAUACAGCGACUGCGCCUGGGAAAUCGUCAGACUGGAAAUCAUGAGAUCCUUGUCUUCAUCAACCAGCUUGCAAGAAAGGUUAAGAAUGAUGGAUGGAGACCUGAACUCACCUUGACAUGACUCUCACUGACUGAGAUGCCCCAUCAUCUUUGCACACUCAUUUGCGGCCAUUUUAGAAAACUCUGAUUUCUGCUUUAGCCACAAAAUUUAUUGAAUUACUUCAGCCAAUACUUUGUCAGUAGUAAAUGAAUAUAUAUAAAUUUUUUUGACUGCAGGUACAUCAGUCCUGAAGUGAAGACUGCCCUUAUUUUAUUGUUUGUUUGCUUAUUUAUUUUGUUAUAUUUAUUGUUUUGUCUCCUCAUAUUUAUUUUUCCACAUAAAAUAUUUUUGUUUACAUUGUAUUAAAAUUUAACAAAUACAUUCACAUUUUUAUUUAAUUAAAUGUGUAACAAUGUUUUAUUUAUUAAAUAUUAUCAAGGUGAACUUCUUGAAUUUUUUACCAUUUUAUGUUUACUUGCUAGGUAAAGUCUGACUUUUUGUGACCCCAUAGACUAAAGUCCACCAGCCUCCUCUACAAUGGGAUUCUC